GAUUAAAUAAUGUCUGUAAUGAAAUAAACAAUGACUUAUUGAAACAUGAAGAACAGUUAUCAUAUGUUGAAAGAGAACGUGUCAAACUUAUGUCAGAAUUGGCUUUGAACAUGCAAACAAAUCAUGAUAUAAAAAAUAAAGUGGAGAAUUUAAAAAAUACCCAACAAUCCAUUGAAUUUGAUUACAAAAAAUUUAAUAGAAUGAAAGCAAGUAGUACAGAUUUAGAUAAAUUAUCACUCAUAAAAAAAACAUUUAUUACUUAUAAAAAUAUGUUGAAAAUUCAUUUUGAUUAUUCUAAUGGACUAAAUGCAAUAGUUCAAAAAGGCUAUAUGUAUAAUAGAAUUACCAUGAAACUAACUUAUUUCGAGUUCAAUACAGAAACAAAAUCAGCAGAUGAAAUAACUAAAUAUUUAUGGAAUAAAAUACAGAAGAUUUCAGACAAAAAUUGGGAGUCAAUUAAUUAAAUUUCAUAUUAUUUAUAAUAAAAUGUUCUAAGUAUAUUCUUAAUUUUUUCAUAACUUGGAAAGUAAAUAUCAUAUAAUUGUUAACCAUUAUUCUCUUGCUAGUAAAAAAGACAGUCUAUAAUUUCUACUUUUUAUUGAAUUAAUGACUUGUCGAAUAAAAAGUAAUCCUCGUAUUUUUCAAAAAAUCAUAUAACUGAAAUUUUAACUUGUUUAUUUAAUAUAAUUAAUAAACUAAAGCUGGAGUUAAAUAUUUUAAAUAAUUCACUGAAUACAUGUUUAUUUUGUAUAUCUAAAUUUACAAAUUUAUACUAUUAACUAUGAUUUUAAAAUAAUAAUUGUUUCUUGAAAAACUUAAUGAAAUAAUUUGUUAUUUUAGGAUAAAAUUUGUUAUUUAAAAUACUUAAAUGUUAUUAUUUAUUAAUAUUACUAAUUUCAAAUGUAUCUCGUUUACAUAUCAUUUGUAAUUCUUAUUAAUUUUUUUUGUAAUCUUUUUAUAAUGACUUUUUCUUUUUUU